AUGAACUUGCACCAUCUCCCAAGUGGAGUUGAAAGUGCAGCACCAGAUUUCGAACAAGACUUAGCAGAAACUAUUCAUGCCUGUGAGGACGCAGAACACCUAGAGACGCGUACAUCAACCACGGGUGCAGAAAUAGCAAGUUACGAUUUUUCUGAGCGAGCAGCUUCUGGAACCCCUUAUAACAAUGUUGAUAAAGGCCGACUACUUCUAACAGCGGUUGCAAAGCGCUCAGCAAACAGGAGAGCAAACGAGACUGAAGAAGAGCGCAAGCUUCGACUUUCAAAGCUAGCCAUGAGAGCUAGAGUGAGAAGAUCAACCGAAUCUGAAGAGGAAAAGUCAAUCCGCCUUCAGCGAGUUGCAGAGAGGGCUAAAACAAAAAGGAAGAGGGCAGCGGAGGGUGGAAGUCCACAAAACUCCCUACCAGUGGGUGACACAGAUGCAUCUACAUCCAUAUCUGCAAGUGACAAUUUGAAAGGCAAUGGAAUUGUGGAGGCUUCCCGCGUUAAAGGUGUGCCUCAAAAACGAAACGAAGAUUUUGCGUGCAAUCAAUGUCCGAGUACUUCUCGCGGGUAUGAUUCUGAAACAUCGGAAAAUCAUCAAUUAGCUCUUCCGCAGUACACCGAAUCUCUUAGCGAAGCUUUUUUGAAUGAAGAAGAUUCAGUGGUCAGCUUACACUUAGUUGCUUGA